GGAGUUGUGCAGAGAGAGAGAGAUGGAGAGUGGAUUGGUAGUGGUGGAGAAAGUUGGUGGGCGAUCCACUCUCACGCGCUACUUUGCUAAGUACCCACUUAAACUAGUGUCUCCCACAAAGGUGGGUUCAUGCAAAUCAGAUGUAGUGUGGGUUUACAUGGUUUCUUUUGGAGGGGGCAUGAUAUCGGGUGAUCAUGUAUCAUGCGCGAUGAGUGGGAGAGGAGAUGAUUGUACAGCAGUCUUGACCACCCAAGCUUCUACAAAGGUUUACAGGGCGGUGGGUUCAAAGAGCUCGGAUCAAUAUCUCCAAGUAAGGAUUGGGUGCAACGCACUUGUGACUGUUCUUCCUCAUCCCGUGACAUGUUUUGCCAGUGCAAAAUACAAACAGAAGCAAGUGUUCAGUGUCUCCCGGAGCUCGAGUCGGGUGGUUGUAGACUGGGUCACAACGGGUUAUGAACGUGGAGAGAAGUAGGCAUUCAACAGCUACAACACCACCAACCACAUCAUCUCAAAUGAAGAUCAGCAGCCUUUAUUGCUUGAUUCACUAUUAUUGGAGCAAGGUAGUAGUAUGAAGGGCACAUGUGGCAUGCAAGAUUACCAAGUCAUUGCCAUGAUUAUAUUGUUAAGACAUAAGUUGGAGCAUGUACAGAAUGAGAUACAAGAAAAGGUUAAGAAGAAAAUGUCUGAGGUAUUUGGUAUGCGUCUAACAAGCAAAAGACAGCACGACAGAGAUAUGAAACCAGAUCUCACCUAUGGAAGAUCAAAGCCAGAGCUGAUUGCUUCUUGUAGUAUGUUUAGUCUGAAGGAUGCGGGAUUGGUGAUUCGAGUUGCUGCGACAACUACUGGAUUGGUUUACAAGUUUCUGCAAGAACACUUAGCUAGCCUAGAGCCUCUUCUAGGAGCAUCACCAUAUUACUAACCCAAUUCAAGAUUGUUUAUUUCUCUGUAGUAAGGACAUUGAGAGAGCAUGAUUUGCAUAUCUAGG